AUGUCCUCGCAGCAGCAGCGGGGCCAGCAACAGCAGCGGGCGAUGUUGGGUCAACUCCAAAAACAGCGAGCGCAAAUGGCAGCUGCACAGCAGCAACAAAAUACCGGGAACAGUAUGCAAAUCCAAAUGCACACCAUGGGCUCCAAGUAUGAAGAUCUCCCUAUCAUGACCGCCGAGGAUAUCAGCUUCUUCAGCGCAACUCCAGGCUCAGAAGUUCCCACCUAUUUCAAGCCUUUCGAAUUCGCGUGCCAACAAGGCCUACUAUCUAUCGUCCAGUCAAUCAUUGCCAGUGAGAAUCCAACGCCAGCUUUCCUGCACCAUGGUUUGACUUGCUCCCUGGCGUCUGGUCAUGUUGAAGUUGCUCGAUAUCUCCUCACAAGUGGUGCCCCGAUCGUUCGCGAAACUCCCAGCAAUAUCUUCUUCGCGCCUUUCGAGUGGCAUAUCCCUCUCUUUGACCUUCUCAGUCAUUUCGGCUGGACUCCUAACACCCCAACCUUCUAUGGCGCUGUUCUUCUCCCCAGAACUGUCAACAACAUUCCUCUUCUUCGAUGGUUUCUAGACCAUGGAGCCGAUCCCAAUGCUGGGCUGGCACAAAUUGGCAAUGACCGCCGGGGUGGAUCAAGCACUAGGUCAUGCGCUGCUCUUGAGGCAGCUGCGGCUCACGGCGAAUUGGAGGCUGUCGGUAUGCUCCUAGACGCCGGCGCGAGGAUGGAGUAUGGCGUGCCUUUACAUUUGGCCGCCGGUGCCUGUCUCCCUGGCGCCAAUCCCCAUGUCACCCGAGUGAUACCGACUCGCAAAUUUGACAUUGGUAGGAUCCCCAUAAUGGCGUUGCUCGUGAGUCGAGGUGCAGAUGUCAAUCGAAAAGAAGUCACUCAGCAUAUGGUGGCCCAAUAUCCAAUUGUGCAUGCGGUGAUGGCGGGAGCAGUUGAGCGGGUAAGGUGGUUAUUGGAGCAUGGGGCAGAUCCACAUGCCCAAGGGGAUUUCGGGACUGCAAUUGAAUAUGCUCGCCAUGUACGAUGUGAUGAGAUUGUUAACGUGAUUGAGAAUUUCCUCAAGGAUCGGGCGUGA